CCGUAACAGGGGCUCACCAUGAGUUGUGUUCCACCACAGUGUGUGUGUGUGUUAGGUCAUACUGAACAGGGCUGGUACAGUGAUGUGAUUGGACUGGGGCUGGUUAAAGGGCUUAGGGGUUGAAAACACACCAGACCAGGGGAUUGAAUCCUCCUCUCGUUAGUAGCAGGGAGACAGAUAUUGAGUGGUGUGAAGUGUCUGAGUGGGCCAUGGUGACUGCUAACCAGGCUCUGAAGGCAGUAGGCCUGUUCAUAGCUUAUCUACUGAAGUCCAUCACAGACCUGUUCCUCACCAAGCCUUUGUGGGCCAGCCUGAAGGUUCUGGAGGACACUGACCUAAGGGCCACCGGAGGAAUUCAUGAGACAUAUAAGGCCAAAGCUCUGUGGGAGAAGACUGGGGCAGUGAUCAUGGUGGUACGACGCCCUGGAUGCUUGUUGUGCAGAGAGGAGGCCAUUGAGCUGUCCUCUCUGAAGCCCCAUCUAGAGGAGUUGGGGAUCCCUCUCUUAGCUGUGGUCAAAGAGAACAUUGGCCAUGAGCUGGACGCCUUCAAGACAUGUUUUACUGGGGAAGUCUAUGUAGACCAGAAGAGAGCGUUAUACGGUCCUGUGGAGCGUUAUAUGUUCCUGUCUGCGUUGCUGCGUAUCGGGGUGUGGAGAAGCCUGUGGAGGGCCUAUAGGAAGGGCUGCACAGGAAAUAUAAUCAAAGGAGAAGGUCUUGUACUGGGGGGAGUGUUCGUCAUUGGGCCCGAAGAUCAGGGAAUUCUGCUUGAGCACCGUGAGAAGGAGUUUGGGGAUAAAGUCAACCUGCUGGCUGUACUCAGAUCAGCCAGGAAAAUUCAAGAUUGCUUGGCUACUGCGAAAUAGUUUACACAAACAGUCCCCAUACAGUCUUUUUAAUUGUAUUUUUAAAUCAUCACUGUAUGUAUAAUACAUCACUGUGUGUUUAUUUCAUGAAAAUAACUCAUUUAUUGUCCUUUUGCCAUUGAAAUACUCAGUCUGAUCAUGUGGGCAUGUCGAUACAAAUUUAAAUAUAUUUACAUACACUGCCCUAAUUUGCCAGAUAGGAUCGUCUGGACUAUAGAGCCUACCUAACUUUUAACGUGGAGCGAUUCCAAUUUUCCACUUAAUUUGUAUUUAGUGACACAUUUCCCCCCCUAUUUAGUGACAUGUUCACCCCCUGGUUUAAAAGCACAUGCAUGAAUGGUUCUUUAUCCAUUUAACAUGGUAGUUUUGGUUCUUUUAUGCAGGAAUGACUUUCCACUCACAUGUGUUAGCCUCUCAUUGUCUAUGAGUAUGCACUUUUGUGUAAAAUGUAUAAUCUAUAGUGAAUGUAUUUGUGCUACUUCACAGUAUGUCUGUCAGUCUCUGUGCAUAGAAUUUUUACUUUAAAUUGUACUUUUUUCUGGCAUCCAUAAUCCUGUAGGUGAUUUAUACAUAAUUGAAAUUGACCCAGCAGACCCACCCCCAAAACCAGCAGAACCUUUCCCGUUUUCAUUGUGCUGAACCUGUCCUGAUCUCAUCCCUGGAAAUGUCCUGUCAACAGUGCUGUGUUGUCCUGUGUACUGGUCUCACUACUGUCCGGUUGUUGUCAUGGGACUGUGUGGGUGUUAAUGAAGGUCUGUGUCUAAACUCUGAAUGAUGAGAGCUCAGGGCUGAUGCUUACACACGCAGUCACACUGCUCAAUGGACAAAGAUAAGGCUCGCUACCAGGAAAAUGCAUGAACUGUUACAAAGCAUUUGAGAAUAAUAAAGUAUAUAUUUAUUAAA